CGCGCGCGCGUGACUCCGCCCGCCGUCGAUCAGAUGAGUGUGUCAGGGUCGGAGAGCGGGGCCUCGGCAAACAAGCCCAAGUAUUCUAAAUUCACGCAGCAGGAGCUCCCGGCAUGCAAGCCGUUGCUAACUCCCGGAAUCGUCAUAGGCGCCUUCUCGCUCAUCGGCAUCAUCUUCGUCCCGAUAGGGCUCGCGUCCCUGUCAGCGUCGCAGGAGAUUGUUGAAUUGAUAGAUCGAUACGAUGUGGAGUGUGUUACCGCCAGCGACAAGAUCGGGUUCAUCCAGGACUCCAAGGCCAACAAGGCGUGCACCAGAAAGAUCACGGUGCCCAAGCCGAUGAAAGGCCCCAUACACGUCUACUACCAGCUGGAGAACUUCUACCAGAACCACCGGCGGUACGUCAAGAGCCGGAGCGACCAGCAGCUGCGCGACAAGGACUACAAGGACCCUAAGGCGGUGAUCAAGGCCUGCGACCCGGAGGCCACCACCGGCGACGGCUCCCUCAUCGUGCCUUGCGGCCUCAUCGCCUGGAGCCUCUUCAACGACACCUACGCCUUCUCCGUCAACAAGAAGUCGGUGACGGUGAACAAGAAGGACAUCGCCUGGGCCAGCGACAAGAACAGCAAGUUCGGCAGCAACGUCUUCCCCGUCAACUUCCAGAAGGGCGGCCUCAUCGGCGGCGGCAACCUCAACGACAAGCUACCUCUGAGCGAGCAGGAGGACCUGAUCGUGUGGAUGCGGACGGCGGCGCUGCCGACGUUCCGGAAGCUGUACGGGCGGAUCGAGGCGGACAUCAUGGCGAGCGACGAGAUCACGGUGGUGAUCCAGAACAACUACAACACGUACAGCUUCGGGGGCACCAAGGCAGUGGUGCUGUCCACGGCGUCGUGGAUCGGCGGCAAGAACAACUUCAUCGGCGUCGCCUACGUGGCCGUCGGCGGCAUCUGCCUCCUCCUCGCCAUGGGCUUCGUCGUCCUCUACGUCGUCAAGCCAAGGGCCCUCGGGGACCCCGCGUACCUGUCGUGGAACAAGGAGGCCGCCGAGUACUCACACUGAUCGAACGCGAUGCUGAAAUCACAAGGCCCGUUUUGUAGAUGGAUGCAACAGGGAUAAAACGGUUUAGUAGCUGCUGUGCGCUUUCUGGCUGUUAUUAGCUGGGUUUGGUAGUUGAUGCAGGCAGCGUCUCAAACGUUGCUUUCUAUACCUUCCUGAGCAUAAUCUUCUGACGAUGCAUGGUCUGAGGCUCCGGUUUGUGGCUCUCCCAGAUCAUGAUCAGCCUACGCGAGAUGAUCUAGGAUUUAUCUAGGUGCGGCUCUUUUGUUUCCUGUUCAGUAGCUGUAAAACACAUUGUGGUUUCUGAUAACGAAAUAUGUAUCUGGCAACUG